CGAGCACCAAGGAUGUCGUGGCAGGCUGUUCGUCACCUGGGGCAGAAGCUGGUGCGCAGGCGGCCGCUGCAGCUUGGAGAAGAUGCUCAGAGCCCCCUGGCCCGCUGUCUCAACACUCUGGACCUAGUGGCCUUGGGUGUGGGCAGCACCCUGGGGGCCGGUGUAUAUGUCCUUGCCGGGGAGGUGGCCCGCGACAAAGCCGGACCCGCCAUUGUCAUCUGCUUCCUGGUGGCGGCGCUGGCAUCGGUGUUGUCGGGACUGUGCUAUGCUGAGUUCGGGGCCCGGGUGCCAGGCUCUGGCUCUGCCUACCUCUACAGCUACGUCACCGUGGGCCAGCUGUUGGCCUUUGUCACUGGCUGGAACCUCAUUCUCUCCUACGUCAUAGGCGCAGCAGGUGUGGCCCGGGCCUGGAGUGCUGCCUUUGAUGGACUCACCGGGAACCACAUGUCUCAGGCCCUGGCAAGCAGCUUUCCUCUGUCGGCUCCAGGCAUCCUGGCCAAAUACCCAGACUUCUUUGCGCUGGGUCUGGUGUUGGUCCUCACUGGACUGCUGGCGCUGGGGGUCCGCGAGUCAGCACUGGUCACCAGAGUAUUCACCGGGGUGAACCUGGUGGUGCUGAGCUUCAUCACCCUCUCGGGCUUCCUGAAGGGCAAUCUGCACCACUGGCAGCUCACCAGCCAGGACUACCAGCUGGCGGCAGCGGAGUCCAAUGACACAAGCAGCUUGGGGGCCUUGGGCAAGGGAGGAUUUGCACCUUUCGGCCUGUCUGGCAUCCUCCGUGGGGCGGCCACCUGCUUCUUCGCAUUCAUUGGCUUUGACUGCAUUGCAACCACAGGGGAGGAGGCCCGCCACCCACAGAGGUCCAUCCCGCUGGGCAUCGUGUUGUCGCUCUUCAUCUGCUUCCUCAUGUAUUUCGGAGUCUCUGCAUCGCUCACCCUCAUGGUGCCAUACUACCAGGUCCACCCAGAGAGCCCGCUGCCCCUGGCUUUUGUCCAUGUGGGCUGGGCCCCUGCACGCUACGCGGUGGCGGUGGGCACUCUGUGUGCCCUCUCUUCCAGCCUGCUAGGCUCCAUGUUUCCGGUGCCUCGGGUGAUCUACGCCAUGGCAGAGGACCGGCUCCUCUUCAGCAGACUGGCCCGUGUCCACAGCCGGACGCACACCCCGGUGCUGGCCACUGUGGUCUCCGGCCUCGUGGCAGCGCUGAUGGCAUUCCUGUUGGAGCUCAGCGAUCUCGUGGACCUCACCUCCAUCGGGACCCUGCUGGCCUAUUCCCUGGUGUCCUUUUCCGUUCUGGUGCUCAGGUACCAGCCAGACCAGAACACAAGUUCUGAGAAGCCACAGGGGGAAGCCAUGGAGAUGCGGCCUGUGUCGCAUGCAGCCCCCUUGGAACCAACUUCAGAAGCUGGGAGCAUGGGGUGUGUGAGGAUCCUCAAGAGCCUGUGUCUCCCCACAGACAACACCCCCACUGAGGCGUCCGGCUGCGUGGUCUACGUCUGUGCCUCCUUGCUGGUUCUGUUGCUGACGAUCCUGAGUUUGGUCCUGGCCCAGUGGCCCCAGCAUCUGCUCUCUGGGGACCCGGUUUAUGUGGUAGUGGCAGCAGUACUGUUCGGGCUCAUGGUCGUGAUGACUGUCAUCAUCUGGAGACAGCCCCAGAGUGGUUCACAUCUGCACUUCAGGGUCCCAUUCCUGCCCAUCCUGCCCCUGCUCAGCAUCUUCGUGAACGUCUACCUCAUGAUGCAGAUGGCCUCUGGGACCUGGGUCCGGUUUGGGAUAUGGAUGGUGAUUGGAUUUGCUAUCUACUUCGGAUACGGGAUCCGGCACAGCCUGAAGUAUGAGCAACAGCCUCCACCAGCUUCAAGCCCCCAGCCUCCCCAGGAAAACAACCCUGGUGCUGAGCUUGUUUAG